AUGAACGAACCUUGGCUUCGAGGGAAGAAAGAUGGGUUUGUGGAUGGCCCUCAAGGACAAGUUGCGGAAGUUAUCUUACAGGUCCCGUUGGUUGAGGAUGUGAUAGAGGACAAGUUGAUAUGGAAGGAGGAGAAGAAUGGAAUAUAUAGUGUGAGAUCUGGGUAUAGGCUGUGGAGGGAAGACCAGUGUCCGACAGGUUGUCAGUUUUGUGAUGCCAAUAUUGAAGAUGAUUGGCAUAUUUUGUUUGCUUGUAGCACUACUAUCCAAUGUUGGAGGGCAGCAGGUUUGUACUCCAUAAUUGAAUCUCGAUUAACUUCUUUUGAUGAUGCCAGAGCUCUUAUUUUUGACAUAUGUAGUAGGGAGGAUAGGAAGAUUGUCGGGAGAGUGGCUGUUAUGUUAGAGGUGAUUUGGAGGAAUAGAAAUAAUAAAUUAUGGAAUAAUGAGCAGGAGGAUGCUACAACUCUUGGUUUAAUAUCGCUUAGUAAUUGGCAGGCUUGGUUGGCGGCGCAGAAGGUCCAGAUUACAGAUAACCACCCCCAACACCUUUCGAAAUGGGAUCCUCCGAAUCUUGGGUGGUUCAAGUGUAAUGUUGACGCGGGUUUCAAUUCUCAAAAAGGCACCACGAAUAGAGGAUGGUGUGUUCGUGAUAAUUUUGGCCACUUUAUAUUUGCAGGUGCUGCCUGGGAUGUUGGUACUUACUCUAUUUUGGAAGCGGAAGUCAUGGCACUUAAAGAAGCAAUCCUUGGAGCUAUAAACUUGAAUCUCCGACAAGUUAUUUUUGAAAGUGAUUCCCAAAUGGUAGUUCAAGCUCUUCGAACGAAGCAUUCGGGUAGCUCCGAGUUUAGUCUUACUGUGUCUUCUUUACAAAACUUAUUGCUUUCUUUCCCUAACUUUGAGGUGAAGUUUAUUAAGCGCCAAGCGAAUUCGGUUGCCCACUCGUUAGCGAAGGCGGCCAAUUCUUGGUCUAGGCGUAGUAAUUUUCAUUUGAUACCUCCUUGUAUUGAACAUCUUUUGAUUAAUGAUAUGAGUUAA